AUGAACGGGCGGCAAGAGAUAGAGAGAGAAAGAGAGAGAGAGAGAGGCAGAUUUCUAAUUUAUUGGCCGGUUGAGGCUAUUAGUGGGAUAGCAUCAUUUUCCCUCUUAUUAAUUAUACAAUCUUCUUCUUCAGGUCCUAAAAGGUUAAGAAAAAAAAAAAAACAAGGUUUGAUAGAUUGUUAAGUCUUAAAGCGAAAAUUUUGACAAAUGCCAAGUCUAAAAGGGAAAUACGGUUUAAAUCCUUAUUUUUUCCCCAUUCAGUGGGCAACACGGGUUAAUGAUUUUCAGAUUUGUAUACUAAACACAGUAUAUAUAUAUAUAUAUAUAUAUAGAGAGAGAGAGAGAGAGAGAGAGGAAGGGAGAGAGAGAUAGAGAGAUGGAGAGAUAGAGAGAGGGAGAGAGAGCUGAAUGCUCUAAAAAGUAAAUCAUUAACAAAAUGGCUCCAAUUUUUUAUUGGACACAUCCUCGGGUUGACUUCGGUGCUCUAAUAAUCUGAUUUUUCAGACAGAAAAAACUUUAAGAAAAAUUAAGAAAUUCUGUUUGAAAAACAUGCUUUCAUCCCAUUAAAAUUAUUUUAUUGACCUUGACGAACGAUUUCAGGAGGCGGCGCACAGAACUCCAAUUCCUACCGGCGGUGAGGGUAUCCUCGAUUCCUUCUUAUUGGGAGACUACAGCUAGAAAGUUCUAGAGGAAGAGCUAGGUAGCUUCAUCUGAACAGCGGGAGUGGUGGUAGCCGGAGGGGAGUAGGUGGGAUCGAGCAUACUCGCUGGUGAACGCUCUCGCGUCGUUCAGUCCGAAGGGGUCAUCUGAGGUGAGAAUUCUGCUGAUCGGCUUCCUUUCUAGGUUUCUUCUGUGGUGUUGGUCGUCUCCUGUGGGAUUCCGUACGGGUGGGAGUUUUGGUGGAUUUUGCGCGGUCGAUUGUCCUAAACUGGAUUCCCAUCCAGGCCGUGUCACUUUGUAGUGUGAGAUAGUAUGUUUGAGGUUCGUAGUUCCGAUCGUAGUUUCGUGUUUCUCUCUUUAGCUUUUCUUCUUUCGUCUUUGUCUGGCGACUGUGGUAGGGAUUAUCUAGGAGUGGUACAGAAGAAUUCCCCGUGGUGCUGUAGGACCAGGAACGGCGUCUAUUUUACGGAGAUCAUCUCGGAUUUCGUUACCUUUUCUCCGGGUCGCAGGACCUUUCUGUGCUUCAGCUUUCCUACUGGAAAUGUUAAUCAGCUUCUAGUAUCAUCGCUUCUUCUCCAGAGCCAUUAUUGGAUCACAUUUCACGAGCUGGCCUCCUAAAGGAGCAGAUAGUGCCUCUGGCACGUUUCUUCUCUGGCACUGGUAAAAUUCCUUUGAUAUUGGCACUGCGAGUUCCUCCCUUUCCUGUAUCGCUCACUUGUAUGAAUAUGUUUUGAUCGUUCUUUUAGGACCUACUACAGUCACGGGAACUCUCCAUGGACUGAAGCCUGGGCUUCAUGGGUUCCAUGUCCAUGCUCUUGGAGAUACUACCAAUGGCUGCCUGUCCACAGGUAUCAUGCUCCUCAUCAAUGUCUCUUCGUUGCUGGCACCCUUUCGUUAAUUGAAUCUUUUUAGGAUAGAAUAUUAAGAAUUUUGUUCUCUUCUAUGAUUAUGUUUUACUCAUGAUUGCCCCGCCCGCUGGGUAGGACCUCACUUCAACCCUGCUGGAAAGGAACAUGGUGCUCCAGAGGAUGAGGUUCGUCAUGCUGGUGACCUUGGGAAUGUGACUGUCGGUAGAGAUGGUAUUUUUCUCCCUUGUCCCUAGUGAUUCGAACAUCACCUUAAUUUUUUACAGUAAUUUUAGGUGAAUAGUCAUUUUUUUAAAAGUAUUAUUCCUUGCCUUAAUUCCAUAUAAAAAGUUUAAUCCCUGUCAUUGUUCCUUUGCCAUCUUUUUCAGGGACUGCUGAUUUCACAAUUGUUGACUGUCAGGUGAUGCAUAUUUCUAGUUUCUUCUGGGUUCCUUUUUUAAUAAAUUACACUGUUAUGAAAUGUUUAUAUCUGAUAUGGUUAAAUAUUUUUUGCACAUCAAAAGCUAACUUGACGCCAUUUUUUUUGUAUUUUUUUAAGAUUCCCCUGACUGGACCAAACUCUAUCGUUGGAAGGGCUGUUGUCGUCCAUGCUGAUCCUGAUGAUCUUGGGAAGGGUAAUAUCACGCUCCUUUUUUUUAAUACUCUGAUGUCAAAGAAAACACGCCUCUAAUGCCAUGCUUUUCUGGUCCUAAAUCUCCUUUUUUUAGCCAGUUUAGCAUAAGAAGUUCGUGCAAACUCUCUUGGGUUGAUGGAUCUGAUGCUCCUCUUAUCUAAAUAUCUGAAAUAAUUGAAACGCAAUCACUGAAUGGGCCUUCUUUAUGACGGGCUGUUGUUAGGAACAUUGUUCUAAUGCCUACACUCUUACAUCAAAUGAAGCCCAGCUUGGAUGAGAAUGUGUUCUAACAAUAUUUAUCCCCUUUAUGGUGCCCAGUUUAUUCAAAUAUUUGGAAAAGACUGAAUUGGCCGUCUUUAUAUCUGGUUUUGUUGGUUGUGCUCCAAUCACCUCCCUUCUUUUUCUCAUCCUCCAUCUCAUCAUCGACACAAACGUUGAGUGCUCCUCUGUGUUUAUUUUUAUUUUUGGCGGAAAGUAGCUUCCUUCUCAUUCUCAUAUUCAUCUGACCAUAAACCUGCUCACCAUUAGGCUAACUAAUCUUGGACCUGCUCUUUAAUGAUCAUUGAAGAUAAUGGUGGUGUAUUUCACCUCUCUCUCUCUCUCUCUAGAGGAAACUUGUGGGUGUGGAUUAAAGAAGCUUCUUACGCAUUGUCAUAUUCAUCUGGUCAUAAACCUGCUCAGUAUUGGACUAACUAAUCUUGGACCUGUUCUUUAAUGAUGAUUAAAGAUAAUAAUGGUGGAUUUCACAUCUCUCUCUCUCUCUCUCUCUCUCUCUCUCUCGCUCUAGAGGAAGCUUGUGGGUGUGCAUUAAAGAAGCUUCUUACGUGUUGUCAUAUUCAUCUGACUAUAAGCCUGCUCACUAUUGGACUGACUAAUCUUGGACCUGCUCUUUAAUGAUCAUUAAAGAUAAUAUUGGUGUAUUUCUUAUUCAUUCUCUCUCUCUCUCUCUCUCUUGCCGCCAACUCUCACACUUUGCGGGCUCCUCUGUUCUGUAUUCUUUCUUAUCUUGGGAGGAAAGAAAUUUCCUUCUCAUUAUCGUCUUCAUCUGAUAAUGACGGAUUUCACAUUAUUUUUCUAUUUUUUUCUCUGUUAGGUGGACACGAGCUCAGCAAAUCCACCGGAAAUGCUGGAGGCAGGCUUGCCUGCGGUAAGUUAGAUUUUUUAUUUUUUCUUUUCCCUUGGUUUCAAUCCAAUUAGCUGCAUUAAUCCUCAUAACUCGAGGUGUUUCAAUUGUUCUCGGCUCCAGGUGUCAUUGGGCUUCAGGCAUAG